GUUUAUCAAAGAGUGUGGACAAGGAAUUAGAUAAAAUAAAAACAAAUAAAUAAGACAUUUAUUUUUAUAUUUUCGUACACGAAUAGCACCGCUAAUAUUAAAAUUACUCGUUUUACAACAGUGUCUCCUUUGUCGCUGCUGAACACUGUACUGUGAUUGUUAAAGAAAAUAAACCAAUUACCAGAGGAGUGGUGCCUUAAAUUUAUACAAUUGUUGCCAAUCGCUGACAGACAAAGAAUUGCAACAAAUAAAUAUUUAUUUAACAACAAGGUAUUCCCUUGGAACUUAAAUAUUCCAUUCUAUGGCGCAUCCUUGUAUUCCAGUAGCUUAAAAGCAGCACAGUCAGCAAAAGUGAAAAUUCAGCGCACCAAAUACAAACAGAAAGACAGAUACAAAUGUACUCUGAGUGGGCAUCGCUGUCGGCAGAGAUAAAUGCCAACAGUUGUGGAGCGCAAUGUUUCAGUGUGUUAAACAAGUUUCCAGCGUCCGCUGGUAGGGAAGUAGUCAUCUCUGUUGUCAAACAGCUGGGCACCAAUUUGGGCAUCACACAGAAUGCAGAGCCUAGCCAUUUGGUUAAGGAUGACGAGGUCAAAUGGUGCAUGGAUGUCAUCUGCUUUGGAUUGUCGUUGCCGUUGCAAGAGCAUGAGACGAUCAAAGAUUGUGUUAACGUUUAUUGUGAAUGGCUAACGGCUCUGCAUCCGCAGCCACGUAUCAGUGUGCCCAAGCCCAUCUGUGAGGAUGCCAAUCUCUAUGCCCGGCAGAUAAUCAAUCAUUUUCAUAAUCUCUUCGUCCCGCGACAGGGUGAAAGCACCGAUACCAUUAAGCGCCAGGCGGUGCUCUGUCAUCGCGUCCUGCGCACUCUCCAACAAACCGCUCAAAUUUCACAACAGAUGGAUCGACAGACUUGGGAUACUUUACUGCUCUUCCUGCUGGCCAUCAAUGAGAUUCUGCUAGCGCCGCCCACCGUCAAGGAUGACGUGGGUGAUCAGUUGUGUGAGCGUGUGCUCUCCGUGCUCUUCGAGGUUUGGCUGCUGGCCUGCGUACGCUGUUUCCCAUCGCCUUCGCUGUGGAAAACGCUGCAAGAAUCGUGUGCCAUGUGGCGACAUCGUGUUGCCCUUGUGGAUCAAUGGAAUCGCGUGAAUUUGGCCAUGACGGCGAAAUUGCUGGAGUUUAGCUAUGGUCCAGAUUUUACACAGCUUAAAAAUGUUGAGGAUGAAAGUCAGCUGAUACCUACUGGCAUGUCCAACGAUUGUGUGGCUCAGACUUGGUAUCGAUUCCUGCGUAUGAUUGGCAACCCCACAGCUCUGUGCUCGCCUCAUCUCAUCAGCAAAUCGCCGCACUUUGUCCAAUGGGCUUUGACACAUGAGAAGGGCGCUGAGACGCAUCAGCAUCCGUGCCUCCAAAUGCUUCCCCAAAUCUUUCUAAAUGCCAUGCGAGGGAUUUCCAGUCAGGUGGAUGCUUUCUUGGGCAUUUAUCGGGCAUCGGGCAAUCCGCAGGACCAAUCUGUUGUUACCAAUUUGCUUGAGAUACGACACUCUUUGAACGAGGCAACCUCAUCCACACUGCAGCAGUUCAUCCACUCGAACAGCGUCUCAAACAUUAGCAUGCAGCAAACGGGGGCAUCUUCUCAGACUCAACAUCAUCAUCACCAUCACCACUAUCCGCAUUUGCAUUUACAUGGCGCUGGCCAUUUUCUGCGCGAUAACUUUGUCAGCAGUUCGGCGAGCUCUGCUCUAAAUGCAAUCAUGGGGCAUCAUCAUCAGCAACACCAUCAACAGCAGCAUCCACAGCAGGCACAGCUCGCAGGAUACAGCAGCAUUUGUGGCGCUUCUCCAACGAAUCUUUGCCCUGUCGGUGGUAGCAUAAGUGCUGGCGGCAGUCACUCUGCGGGCGUUGUUGGCUGCAUCUCGUUUAGCACGGCAGAGGCAGUGCCUCUCUCGAGUGGCAGUGGCAACAACAGUGUGACACCAACGCCACCGUUGCAACGUCGCCUGGCAAAAAGUUUCAGUGUGGCACCAUCGGUUACCACGCAGCAGAAGGGCCUGAGCAGAACCGCGCUUAUCAGCCUAACACGCAGUUCGGCGAAUGCUGCCGCCGCCGCCCCAACGACGCCGACCUCGGGUCCGCCCUCAUCAAGCAGCAUCAACUCACUGCCGUCGAUCGGCAACGAAAUACGCCCCCCUCCGCUUUCGAUGGCUCGUCCCAAGUGCAAUAGCAUUCUGCAUUUAUUCGGCGAAUGGUUGUUCGAGGCAGCGCACAUAGGUGGCGACACUUGGCUGCAGAACCGCAAAAAACAAGCAUGCGAGGCUAGCAAGCGACCAUCAUCGAUGAUAAUGGAAAAUCGCAAGGGUUCCAUUUCGCUUUCGCAGCCGAAUUCCCUGAAUGAUCCCUCAUCGCUGCCGCCCACGCUAACCAUUGAUAAAUACGAAUCGGGACGUGCCGAGGCCAUUGGUACACUGUGCAAAAUAUUUUGUGCCAAGAAGACGGGCGAGGAAAUUCUGCCCGUUUAUUUGGCUCGUUUCUAUAUGGCGCUGCAGCAGUGCCUCAAGAUCACCGAGUCUAAGGAGUGCGAUGAAACACUGGCCAGCAUUUUGCUCCAUUCGGCGGAUCUGUUUCGCUUGGAUCUGGAUGGCAUUAAUGUGCUGCUGCCCGGCUUUAUAGCCGCAUUGGAAAUUGUGCUGCCCGACAAAGAUUUGAAGCUGAAGACCCAGGCAUUGACAUUCAAUCGCACCGAUCUGCGCCGCUCGGCAAUAAAUAUUUUGCUAUCGAUCAUGGUGCUUCCGCUGCACUAUCAGGCACUGCCUAUACGUAACUUGGCUUCCGGAGACACGGGCGAGAAGGUGUUGACCUUCAUGCAACUCAAAGCACGGCUAAUGAAUAUUCUGAUGAAUGCGCUACAGGUGGAACUCGAUGCUCAGAACACGCAUAUGCUUUUGGGCGGACUGUUGCUCUGUGUGCAGGAUGCAGUCACCUUCGAGGAGACCUUCGAUCUUGGUAGUGGCUCAGAGCAUUUAAGUGGCGCCGCUGGUGCUCAGCAUCAUGAAGAGAAUCUCCUCAGUUCUGCAUGCUCGGAGCGUUCCGCUUCGUUGACCAGCGGCACGGCCAGCUUUGGGGCACAAACACACACAGCUACGGCUUCGGCUCACGAUUUUCCCAGUCUGACCAUAUCAGAUGAUAUAUCUGUGGAAUUUGCGCACGAUUUUGAGGCCGUUGCAUCAUAUGACAACGCACAUGCCUUAUUCGUGCGUGCCACAUAUUUGGUGUGCCACCGUUUGAUCUCCUCAUGGAAGACGGACCUUAACGUUUCACUAGCUGCUCUGGAAUUACUAUCUGGUUUGGCGCGGCUUCACAUACGCGACACAGAUUCCUUAGUAAGAAUAGUAGAACCAAGUCAAAAUCUAACGAUAAUCUCCACAGACGCCCUAGAGUGCAAGCGUGCCGUCAAAUGGAUAUGUGACUACAUAUGCUAUCAGUGCUCGCGUCCACCACCGGCGCACAGCAAGGAUCUCCAUAGCACCAUUGUGGCUGCAUUCCAAUGCACCGCCGCCUGGCUGAUGCAGCAUCCGUAUCUGCUGCAGGAGAAGGACUGCCUGCAGACGGUGCUCGAGGUUGUCGAACUGGGCAUUUCGGGCACCAAAAGUCAGAGUAAAAAUGGCGAUCUACCGAAAUUCAAAGAUGAAAAGGAACUAAAACCGGCCUCGAUGCGUGUACGGGAUGCAGCGGAAAAUCUGCUUACCAUCGUCCUUGAGCAGGUCGGAUAUUUUCCCAGCGAGUGCGGACCCGAAUCCAUAUCAUCACUGCUGGAUGAGAUGGCUCUGAUGAAGCACUGCAAUUCCUUGCCCACAGGAGAUGGUUCAGCUGGCGUUUGCAAUGCGGAACAGGCUAUCUCAAAGUUUAAGUAUUUUGUGACGGAAAACUCAACGAUUUUGGCACUGCUCGAAGAACCUUUAGGCAAUGACCAGGAUCCGCAACCAACGGUUACGCUGCUCAUACGUGGUCCUUUUGGUCGUCAUGCCUGGACGAUGCAGUUGCGCCAUUUGCCACGCAGCAAGUCGGGCAUCAAGUAUCAUGCUGCUAAUCCCGGCCGGCCCAUACCCAUGAAUGACAUCACACAACGUCCCGAAUGCGAGCAAAAGAAUUUUCCCGAGGGAGUGGACAAAGUACAGCCUUGCGUUGCCGAUUACUCAAUUCCUACGCUGGAUCUGAUCCGUGAACAGUAUGGCGCUGGCAUCAUCAGUGAGCUGGAGGCGAUGCUUGAGAAUCAGAACAUCCACGAGAAACUGGCCUGGGCGGAGUCGGACAAUAGUGUGGACAGUCUGUCGCAUUCCCACGAAUGUGUUCCGCCCACGGUCUGCCAUGAGUUUCAUGCAGCUCGACUCUUUCUCUCCCAUUUCGGUUUCCUGAGCUUUGAGAUACGCAAACCAAAUGAUCCGGUAGAAUCACUAGCACCUCCACAAAGACCACUCAUUGUGCUGGACACAAAAUCAGCGGCUUUCGCUACGGAUUUGGAUAAACUGGAUAAGCUGAGCGCAAGGACGCAUGAUACGGUGUAUUGUUUUUAUGUGAAGGCUGGACAAUCGAGCGCGCAGCAGAUAAUUGGUAACAUGGCUGAGGAUCAAUCCUACGAUGCACACUUCGCCAAUAUGCUACAGACGCUGGGAUGGCCAGUACAGGUCGCUGAACACUCCGGUUGGACCGGAUUCGCACACAAUUCGUGGUCUCUAAAAGGCGCUGACCGCCAGCAUCAAGCGAACAAUAAUGUGACCAGCGAAUCGAAUUACAAUGGCGCCCAACGUGUGCUUUACUGGGCAGAUGUCUCAUCGGAGAUUGCGUUUGUGGUGCCCAAUGCCUGGAAUCUGCGCUAUAAUAACGACAUGGACGCCUGUAGUCUCUCCAGCAAUUGUAGUGAGCAAAACACGGCAAGCAAUGUUUGGAUUCGUAGCGAUGAGACUGGCUCUAUGAAAUCAUCCAAGCCACGGAAUCUCAGCUUGGAGCUGGAUACAGGUAAUAGAGGCAAAGAACCCGUGCCGCCAACGCGACGCAAGGGCACGGUGUCGAAGCCAACGUUACUUGUCCAAGCGCCAGCAAAGGUCUUCCUCGUGUGGCUCGAGAGCUUUGAGGAUUAUUUGAAUUUUCCGGUGGAAGAUCUUCUGGUCUAUGCACGCACCGGCGAAGAAGUACAACCCAUGCAGUUGCCCCGCGCAGCCGAUUGUCACGUGAUAUUCGUGCAUUCGCUGCAGUCCGGUUUGCUGAGAGUGAAACUACUCGGACCACCUGGUCGGAUGAGCUUUGCCACACCCCUUGUCGAUGGCAUGGUACUGAGUCGACGCGUUGUAGGUAAUUUGGUGCGUCAAACGGCGCUAAAUAUAUCGCGUCGCAGACGUUUAGAUAAUGAUAACUACCAACCACCUCAUGUACGGCGCCGCCUUAAGGUCCAGGACAUAGUCCAAAAGUAUAAAAUGGAUCUGAGCGAAGCAGAGCUGCUGGCGCACUUGUUCCAACGUUCGGUUUAACUUGUGGGUAUUUAAAUCAAUCACAACUAAAUAUUUUCAAUCGUUUUUAUUAAUUUUAGUAUAAAUUAUAUACAACAUUCUUAUAAAUAAACUAACAUAGUUAGAUCCUUAAAUACAACA